GGGGUGGUCAUUUCUCGUAUGCGACGUGCAGCAUGUCUUGUCGUUUCAAUAGGCGGAGAUUAUAAAAACCAAACUAGACUAGGAGUGAGCUAGAACGAGCGGUACUACUGAGGAAGUGUCUACUCUCUGGAAGCGUCGCAUCAUUGUUGAAGAUAUUUACGUCUAGACAUUAGGAAGCUCAGAGACCGGGAGGGAAGUGGUAAAAGUGGAUCGUCUCAUUUUCAGAAGACUUGAGCUGUUCUUUGUGCGAUUAUUUAUCAAAGACGUAAUAGUGUGCCGAAGAGACUCUUCAAGGAGGCACUUUUUCCUGAUUCACUUCGUUUUUACUUAUUAGCGUUAUUUAUUUAUUUAUUUUUAAGUAGAUACAAGACUAUUUUUCAAUCUGUGAUACUUUUAAAAAGCGAAUCGAAUUUAUAGAUCGUCCUUGAACCAAAGGAUAUUUAGAAGAUUCUGAGGGAGGAAGAACGAUUAAAAGGACAUGGAAGGAGAACAGAAAAGUAAAAUAACUUGCCCAUUACUGCUGUCAUUAAUUGCUGCAGUUAUAGGAUCAUUACAGUUUGGAUACAACACUGGGGUCAUCAAUGCUCCAGAACAGAUCAUUAAAAAGUUCUAUAAUGACACCUGGUUCUCCCGGAGAGUGGAGCCUAUAAAUGCUGACUACUGUACAUUUCUGUGGUCUGUGUCUGUAGCCAUUUUCUCUGUGGGAGGCAUGGUUGGAUCCUUCUCUGUUGGCCUGUUUGUGAAUCGUUUUGGCAGGCGGAAUUCUAUGCUGCUUGUCAACAUUUUGGCAUUUAUUGGUGGAAUUUUGAUGGCCUUGUCAAAAACUGCCUUGUCCUUUGAAAUGUUAAUCAUGGGACGCCUCGUCAUUGGGCUCUUUUGUGGUCUUUGUACUGGAUUUGUUCCAAUGUAUAUUGGCGAGAUUUCCCCAACAUCUCUUCGUGGAGCUUUUGGUACACUGCACCAACUAGGAGUUGUUAUUGGCAUCCUCAUUGCCCAGAUAUUUGGUCUUGAAUCUCUUCUGGGAUCAGAAAAUCUAUGGCCUUUGCUUCUUGGUCUUACAAUCCUACCUGCUGUAAUUCAGUGUGCAUUACUGCCAUUUUGCCCCGAGAGCCCUCGAUUCCUGCUUAUCAACAAAAGUCAAGAAGAAAAGGCUAAAGAAGUUCUAAAAAAACUGCGUGGCACAGACAAUGUGCAAGAAGACCUCCAGGAAAUGAAAGAUGAGAGCUUGAAAAUGCUCCAAGAGAAGAAAGUUACCAUCCCUGAGCUGUUUCGCUCUGCUAACUACCGGCAGCCUAUCAUCAUUGCAAUCAUUUUGCAACUUUCCCAACAGCUCUCUGGAAUUAAUGCUGUCUUCUAUUAUUCUACAAGCAUUUUCAAAACAGCCAAAGUCUCACAACCAAUCUAUGCUACAAUUGGGGCAGGAGUGGUGAACACGGUCUUCACAGUAGUGUCGCUUUUCUUAGUGGAGAGGGCAGGACGGCGAACUUUGCACCUCAUUGGGUUAGCUGGAAUGGCAGUUUGUGCUCUGCUGAUGACAGUUGCUCUUGUAGUAUUGAAACACUUUUCUGAUAUGACUUCAUUCAGUUAUGUUGCCAUUGUGGCCAUCUUCGGAUUUGUUGCCUUCUUUGAGAUUGGUCCUGGCCCCAUCCCAUGGUUUAUCGUGGCUGAGCUCUUUAGUCAGGGUCCCCGGCCAGCUGCCAUGGCUGUUGCAGGUUGUUCUAACUGGACUUCAAAUUUUAUCGUUGGUCUGUGCUUCCAGUAUGUGGAGAAACUUUGUGGACCAUAUGUCUUUGUCAUCUUUUUGGUUUUCCUUAUCUUUUUCUUCGUCUUUACUUACUUCCGUGUGCCUGAGACACGAGGCCGCACCUUUGAUGACAUUAGCAAAGGUUUCAGCAAAGCAGAAGGUAAUGGAGUAGCUGCACCUCAAAAAGACAUAACCCUGCCUCCUAUAUCUCCCACGACAGAAAAGAUGCCCAUGGUGGAUCUUGGAAGUCCUGGUGCUCACACAGACCCUUCAGCAAGUGUAUAAAAUGAAGGAAAAUGCUACUGAAAUAAUGUUCUGACACUGAUCUUGAAAAGUAAUUUUAAGUAGCCGAUUUAUUUACACUGUUUAGGCUACCCAGUUCAGUGUAAUUUGUUUAAGUGUUUCAACAUUGAACUUGAAAAAUUAUUAAUUUGUUUACACUGUUCAACUGCCAGGUUGGGUGUAAUUUGUUACAGUGUGAACACUGAAGCCCACUUUUUUCUGAAAUGUUACUUUUUAUUGAAAGGUCCCUGUGUUGGGAUUAAAUCCCUAUAUUCUUAUUAAAUCAGUUACUGUUGUAUUGCACUGAGUAUAAGUAUGGCACAUGAGUUAAGGAAUCUUUUUAGUGCCCACAUCAUUCUUCUUAGUUGCAGAGGUUUUAACUGUGUGUGUCUAUGUCUCUAUUCUCGGGUAACCUUGAACUUCUAGUGCUGCCUCAAAUUAUCAUGCCUAUACUAAUGCUAAAGCCAGAUCUUCAGCACUGUGGUUGGCUUAUAGUGAAUGUGACCCAAUAUCCUGUAGACUAUGGCUGCAGAAAUUAAAUUCUGGAACAUGCUAAUGAGGGAUAUGCCUGUAAUAAAGCAAAUGGUAGAGAAAGUAGUUGCAAAUAUUUGAAAAAGCAUUUGCUAUCCACCUCAUAAACGACCAUUAUUGGUAACUGCAUUUUCAGAAAGUCUUUACAUGAUUUUCUUUAUAUUUUUUUAACUUUGAUCUAUUUUUAAGUAGGAGAGAAAAAAAUACUGUGUGAUAUUAUGACCUCUAUUUUGGUCACUUGUUGUUUACUGUAGGGGAUUGUUAAUAAGAGAGAGUAAUUUGAUGCUGCUUUGUAACCAUCUGUAUUCUACCAAGUAACACCCUUGUAACAUCUGUAAAGUCUUUUAUACAAAUUUAGUUUAAGGGUAGACAACACUCAACUACCUUUUUGAUUUUGUAUGUUUUCAGUACCAUCAAAACUAAUUGUACUGUUUAGCAGCAGAUGUAAAGCAUCUUGAAGUGAAACUAAACUGUCAGAACACAAAGAGAUUAAUAUGUCAAGGUAGAAAGUCCACUAUAUGCAUGUAAAAGUUGUCCUGUACUUGCUUUGAUCCGAUAUUAACCUUAGUGUUUCACAUAAUUUGCUUUCUCAUUGUUGCUUUAAUAUAUCUAAGUCCUUCAACAUUUACAACCUGCAUAUAGUCUGUUGUUCAAUAAUUAUGCAAAAACAUAGGGAACAUUGAUUUGAACUUACAGUUUAACUUCCAUUAAUUCCGCAAAUUGAAAUAGUUUUAUGUGCCCUUUGUGGCUGUUUAUAAAACUGUGCAAUAUUUUCAAUAUUGUGACACUGUUUUACUUAAAAAUUAAAAUAAAAUAACCAGGGUUUGGUGUUAUUUUAAAUCAAAUAGACAUGGUAGGUGCCACUUAUAGCUGUAAAUGAUUAUUCUCCGGCUUUUAUGGUAUAAGUUUCCAAAACUUCUAUUUAUCUUUAUUGCAACAAUCUAAUUGAGAAUCCACAAUUAAUGCAUCCACCAAAUCUCAGAAGGUUUUUGUAAAAUGUUUACAAUGAAAGAUACCACAGAUAUUACAAAAUAAGAUAUUCAUGUUCCAGUUAACUUGAUUUUGCACAAAUGCAAUGCUGUGUCUUUUUACUUGUUAACAACUUAAUAUGUGAUGCUGCUUCAUUUGAUAAAUGUCAAUUAUUUGCACACAGAUAAAAACAAAAUCUAAAAUGGAAACAAGGUUAGAGUUCUAUAUGUAAACACUGAAAAUAAGACGAAAAAUGGGAUCAGUGUAAUAUUUUUUACUUUGGUGUCUUUAUUUACUCAAAAAACAAAGUUUGCAUUUUUCUACAUCUUUUUUUUUAGUUUUUAUUUUGAUUUUUCAGUUAAGUCCGUCCCAUUUGUUAUUAGUAAAAAGAAAUUGCUUUUCCAAUGAGUCAAGUUAUGGAGAAGAGUAUAAACCAUCUGCACACAAAGCUUGAAUAUUCAGUUGCCAAUGAGUUUACAUGAUCAUAGCAUCAUAUUAGGAGGGGAUACAUCAUUAGGAACUGGUCUUUAUUGUUUCUUUAAAGGAUAAAAGUACCAAAAAUUCACAUACACUGUAUUUUUUAAGUUAUUAAAUUGUUUUAUAUAUGUAAAUACAGCCUUGUUUUAUACAUAUUUGCUUCUAUUUAUUUGUGUUUGUUACUUAUUUAUGUAUUUUUCAUUAUCUGUUUGUGCCAUCAGUAUUUCAUUUUUUAUUGUUAGCAGCUCUUUUUUAUUUACACUUGUGAAAACUUGAAUGAGAAUAGUUAUACUGUAUAACAUUGUUGCUUAAAUAUGAUGUGUGAUGUCUGUAAUUGUUCUUUAUUUUUGUAAAAGAGAUUUUAUCCUAAACUAUUAUAUAAUUGUUGUUCCUGGUCAGAUGCCUAUUAAUGUACAGUAUAUUAAUAAAGUAACAAUAUAUUAUUUGUU